AUGGCCGACGCCACCCUCUUCGACGACACCUUCACACUCACCUCUCUGAACUCUCAGAAAUACGACCGCGUAUCCCGCGUCACCGGCACCUCGACCGAUUCCUCGACCAUCCUUUCCCUCGACAUCAACCACGAAAUCUAUCCUUGUGCUGUUGGCGAGACACUGCAGGUUGUGCUUGCCUCGACACUGAAUCUCGAUGGCACCAAAGAGGAUGUGAGCAAGGGGUGGAGGGAAAAGGGUGCAGAGGAGAAUUCGCUGGCGGAUAUGUUUGAUUAUGUUUGUUGGGGCAAGGUGUACAGGUUUGAGGAGGGGGAGGGGGAGAAUAUCAAGGUCUAUGUCUCGUUCGGUGGACUCCUGCUUUACCUCGAGGGCCCUUACAAGAAGUUGACUCCUCUGCGCAUCGACUACGUCUACCUCUUGAUCAAGAAAUGA